AUGUCAACGGUCGCGACCACGCGCGCCACACUCACUCAAAACGCAUUAUCCACGCCUGCGACGCCGACGCUGUCACCAGUGAUUUGUGUCAAUUCAUCAGCUUCACUAUCGCCGCGCACGUCGCCACUGAACGGACUAACGCCACACGCGCAUACGCGCCCACCCAUACUCGAUCAGCUGUGCGCGCUGCGUCGACGUCGCAUCGAUAUGCAUCCGGAUUGUAUGCUGUUGCAGGCGCAUGGCGUAACAAGUCCGCGUUUGAGCCCAAGCGCCUCUGUUUUGGCAGGUGAGAAGCACAGGCGUCACAGCGACACAAUGUCCAGGGAGCCGAGCGCGUUGGAGGAGGUUGAUAUGUGCGAAUCGAUUGAUUCAGCUGAUGAAAUGGAUGUGGUGGGCGAUGACGAGGGGAUUGCUAAAGGGGCGGUUGAGCAAAUGCGUUUACGAGAAGUUAGUGAGUUGGAGGUCAAAACCGCCGCCGCACGCUUAGCCGAUGCGGCAGCAAUACGCUGCGAAGAGGAAGUGGAUACAGAAGCGGAUGUAGAAGAGGAAGAUGACGCAUUGAGUCUUUGCAGUGAGGAUAGUGAACUGUCUGUGGGUCAGGAAGGUGGCAGCGCCAGUGCUGCUGCUUGCCAAACAACACCUAGCUUUUGUGAUUUUAACCAGCGGCGCCGCUUGUUGCUCAACAAUGUUGGUAAUAUGAUGGCAUUGUGUGCGCCGUCGGCUUUUAGCAGCGUACACGCCCCGGCAUCCGCGUGCGGCGAUGGCAGUGACGCGCGUUCCAGUGCCUCAACGGACGAUAAUACUAUGCAACAACUGGAUGAGGAGAGUGUUGGUAGUGCAACGAGCUCAGCGCUACAGCAACAUGUACCGCUGCAAGCGCAACCAGUGCCAAGCGCGCUCCUAGACCCGUAUGUCGUGGCCAGCGCGCUGCGCAUGCCUGUGCCGGUGCUGCCGCGCGCCACCAACCAUACGGCAAGUUUUCAAACGGAAUUUAUGCGUAAGUCACACAUGUACGCCGAGGAAUUAAUGAAGCAGCAGAUGCAGCUGAUGGCGGCGGCGCGGGCUAGCGCGUUUACAUUGCGCGGCACAGGCGUUGCAGACACACUGACGCCGGAUCGACGCGCUUUUACGCGCAUACCGGGCGCGCCGCAGCCAAUGUCCAAUUUCGCGGGCAUACAAUCCCAAUUAACGGCCAUCACAAAAAUGUCACAACUAAGCGCUGCUGCCGCAGCAGCCGCUGUUGCUGUCGCAGCUGUGGCCAAUAACAACCAAGUCACGCAACAGCAACAACAAAAUAAAACAAAUAUACCAAAUAGCACGGAUACGCUGAACAAAUUGAGCGCUUUAACUACGGCGCAUACACAACUCUCACCUACAACCGCCAGCGCCGUCUCGAGCCUGAGCCAGUUGCAGGCGCAAAUGCAAGCGCAUUUUCCCUACGCGCACGCCAAUCAUACCAAUGAUAACCUCAACAACAACAACAAUCUAAAUGAACCAGCGCUCAAAUUUAGCAUUGACAAUAUAUUAAAAGCAGACUUUGGGAGACGUCUGGCUGAAGGCGCUGCCUGCAUGGCUGCUUGCAACAAUGUCACGCGCGCGGCCAAAGGCGUCACUACGCAUAAUAGUAGCGCUGCGCAGCGCGCGCGUAAAGCGGCAAAUACUUUAACGGCUGCUGGCUCUGCUGUGGCUGGCGCCGCCAGUUCCUCUACCGCGAUUGACUUAACGCAUCUAAGCGCUGCGACGUCGACAGCGACAACCUCAGCAGCGUCGUCCGCAACGCUAAACUUUUCACACACACUGGCGAAUAUCUGCACAAACAGCAGUGACUCGAAUAGCACCGCGGUCAGCAGCAGCUUUGGCGCUACUUCUGAGCAUGCUAAGUCGCCCGCGAACGGUGAGUUAAGUGCAGCGUCAGCGAAGUGCACAUCGGCGGAGUUUGGCGCGAAGGCGGGGGAAGAGGCGAACAGCAGCGGUAGCGGUGCUAAGUCCAGCGGCACAGGUGCGAGCGGCAGCGGUCCCAUCGUUUGGCCGGCGUGGGUGUACUGCACGCGCUACAGCGAUCGACCCAGUUCAGGACGAAGUCCGCGUACACGUAAGCCGAAGAAGUUGGCCGGUGAGAAGGGCAGCAGCAGCGGUGCAUCGAAUGGCAGCGGAAGCGGAGGUGGCGGUGCUGCCACCGCAGAGGAUAAACGACCGCGCACGGCGUUCAGUGGCUCGCAAUUGGCGCGCUUGAAGCACGAGUUCACCGAGAACCGCUAUCUAACCGAAAAGCGACGCCAACAACUCAGCUCCGAACUGGGACUAAAUGAAGCGCAGAUAAAAAUUUGGUUUCAAAACAAACGUGCCAAACUGAAAAAGUCGAGCGGCACUAAGAAUCCUUUGGCGCUGCAACUAAUGGCGCAGGGCCUUUACAACCACUCGACGGUGCCGCUGACGCGUGAAGAAGAAGAACUGCAAGAGCUGCAGGAGCGCGAGAAUGCAGCAGCGGCAGCCGCAGCAGCAGAGGUAAGAAACGGAGGCGCCACGACGGCAACAACUGUGUCCACGUAG